GCUUCUUCCACCCACUCUUGAAUCAUUCGCCUUUCCUUCCUACCCCCUACCGAUCACCUUUUCCUAAACCAACGCCUCGCUUGCUCUCCCCUUGCCAUGGACAGGACAAACGCCGCGGCCGCUGCCCCGCCGCCCGUACCCAUGGCGGCGCCCGUCGUCCCGGUCGAUCUGACGGUCGUCAAGAAGCUCCUCGGAGGCGGCGGCGACCUGGCGGUCCACGACGCGUCUGGCGGUCUCGCCUUUCGCGUCACGGCGGCGGACGGUUGUGGCAGGAGGUGCGGAGGGAGGGCGCUCCUCGACGCCUCCGGGAGCACUCUGGUCACUGCCAGGACCAGCGAGGGUGCGUGGCAGGCAUUCAGAGGAAUUAGUUGGGAACAGAAAGACAUAAUUUUUUCAACAAAGGUAAUGUGUGCUUCUUCAGAUCGAAAGGAGGUACAUGUCUUUGUCCCGCCGAGAAGCACAUCUGAGGAGCAAAAACCAAGCUACAUACUCGUAGGAAAUCCAUCUCGAAGAGCAUGCACGAUUAUAAGGGGAAACUCCAUUGUUGCUCAGACAAAUCUCCCGUACAAACUCAAUAAGGCCGUCUAUUCAAGGCGGAAGUUUAGGGUGACGAUUUACCCAGGAAACGAUAACAUUCUGAUCAUGGCAAUGGUUAUGACCUUCCUUGUUCAAAAAUAACAUAGGUUCCUAAUGAAGCAGACGCCUUCAGUAGAAAGGCCUUAAGCCCUUGAGCACCCACACGAGAAACAGUGUUCCAUUAGAAUGAUACAUUCUCUCUGAAAACUUCUGAGAACUUGAGUAAGGCGUUCAAUGAAAUUCUGCAACAGGAUAAGAGAAGUUGAGCACCAAAGUUUUGUCGUGUCCACUUAUCGCCGAUGAUGAAAUGUAUAAAUUUUAUAACAAAUGCUAUCUUGACUGAAUAGAUGGAAUCAGUGAAAGUAUGGGCAAUCAUUUCAGCGCUUGAAUUACCAGAACCUUUGAAUGCUUAGGGCGCCGUCACUUGGCGAGGUUCUCGGAGUUCACAAUACACUGGCCUUGGCCUGGCAUGUGUCCAGAUGAAUUGUAUCAUGUCAUGAGCAAUAAUGAAAAUGUUAAAUUGCA